AUGUCUGCACAAAAACUGAUUAAACCUGCCAAGCUGAAAUUAGACCCCAAAGGUAAAGUUCUGACGCCUAAUAUCGUAAAGAAAGAUGAGGCCAGAGAAACGGAGCAUGACUACGCGAUGGAGGUUACUGUGCUAAAUAAAAGAGAACGAGGUGCUGGUUCCCGUCCUUCAACGCCAUGUAAAACGCCGGCGGAAAAAAGAGUGAAGCCAACGGUUGAAAGUGAGAAGGUUGAGAUUUCUAAUGAAACUAUUCUGGAGGCAAUUUUAAAUCUGGAAAAGAGGGUGGACGAGAAGUUGGCGGAUUUAAGUGAACAAGCCAAGCAGAGUAGCGCCAUGAUUGUAAGCUUAACGAAGGCGAUUCAGUUCAACACGGAAGAGUUACAGUCCACUUCGAUGCCUAACUUCCCCUACACCGGUGCUCGUCUCUGCAACUUCCUGUCUCAUCACCUCGCACUCAGUCCGGCCAGUGGAAACUUCCGGCAACUGCUGCUAAAACGGUGUCGGACUGAGUAUGAACAGAGACAGCAGGCCCUGAUGGGUGAUGAGGAAACUCAGAGGAAGUUUCACACUUAUAUUCUGCUUCUAGGAGAACUCUACCUAAACCUUGAGGUGAAGAGUGUGAAGGGCACCAUGUCUCGUGCAGAGAUCCUCCUCGCUGCACUGAAGGACCUGAUGGACACACUCUUCUCUCAGCCCAAAGACAGAAACCUCAUCUGUGCCAUCAAGCUUCUGAAGCUCACAGGGUCAGUUCUGGAGGAUGUGUGGAAGCAGAGCGGAAAAUCUCACAUGGACGAACUGGUCCGGAAAAUCGAGGAGAUCUUACUGGACUCUCAGUGCAGCCGUGAUGUGAGACAGAUGUUGUUGAAGCUGGUGGAGUUGAGAUCCAGUAACUGGGGCAGAGUUUAUGCAGCAGCAGCACACAGCGAUGCCACACCCGACAACGACCCCAACUACUACAUGAAUGAACCCACUUUCUACACUGCGGAUGGAAUUCCAUUCACAGCCGCUGACCCAGAUUAUUCUGAGAAAUAUCAGAUUUUAGAUCGAGAGGAUUACUUUCCAGACUUCUAUGAUGAAAACGGAAAUGAAGCGCUCUACAGUGAGGAGGAGGAGGAGAUGGAGCCAGAGAUAGAAGAGGCGUUUGAGAAGUUCUGUCUGGAGACUGAGAGAAAAAAAAACAUGAAUCUUUAAAGCACUGAAGUGUCUGCUGUGGCCAUCACCAUGAACAUCCACAGCACAUUUUAUCCUCCUUUUCUUUCCAUCGUUACACAUAAAGAGCACAGGCUGGAUUUAGA